GGCAGAUUGCGUCUCUCCUACGAGGCGACGGGAGGGCUAUGCGGUUACGGAGCACCUUACGCCUAUGCGCGGUUGCGACCACGCGCGCGGUGAUUUGUUAAGGGGCAUGGAGGCUAUAUAAACGGCCGGUUGAGACGCUCAUACGGUUCAGUAGGCUCGCCGACAUCCCGGUGAUACACGAAACGUUUACCCUCUUCGUCACCCGUACGCCAUGUCCCCUUCGACGCUGGUGGCCAUGCUGAUGGUGCUGGUGGCCUCUGCUUCCGUCUCGAUGGCCAACAUGGGCGAAAGCCAGAAGCCCAACAUGCCGCACGUCUUCCAGAACGAGAAACAGCUCUCCCAGUACCUGCAGGCACUCGACGACUACUACCUGUUGCUCGGAAAGCCAAGGUUUGGGAGAAGCUUCCAGGACAGCAAUGAAGUCAGACGAUGGAACUUGCCGUAUUCGGAAUUACUUCGAACAGUGUGACACUCAAUGGACACCGGAAGAAGAUGACACUGAGCCAACCACAUCGAAUGAUAAAAUAAACUGGAUCGAUUAAAUA